AUGGGGGUACGAAGCCUACGCCCCAUUAGAAAGGCAAAAGACACGUUUGCAUUAAAAUCUGACUCGAGGGUACUGGUCACCGGCGCCAAUGGCUAUAUUGCGAGCCAUGUAGCAAACGAAUUGCUCAAGCUGGGAUAUCGCGUGAAGGGCACUGUUCGCGAGCCGAAACCCUGGCUCGAUAAGAUUUUCAAUGAUCGCUACGGCCAAAACAGAUAUACUUCCGCCAUAUUGCACAGCUAUGAUAAUGUUGGCAAAAAUUGUGACAUACUGGAAGGGGUAGAAGCGAUCAUACAUCUGUCCGGAAAUAUCGUCGUAACAGACAACCCGGGGGUGAUUCUGCCUUCAGUUAAACUAGUUACAAAUGUGCUGGAAGCAGCGGCGACGAAGCCAUCCAUCACACGGGUAGUUUUAGCAUCGUCGUCCAUGGCAGCCUAUACCCCCAUUCCCGACAAGGAAGGGGUGAUCAUUACGGCAGACACCUGGAAUGACCGCGCGGUUCGAGAGGCUUGGGAUGCUCUUCCAGCCCAGCUAUCAACGACAGUUGAUUCUCAAUGGAAAAAGAGGCUCGCCAUUUACUCCGCAUGCAAAACGGAGAUGGAACGACAGGCCUGGAAUUGGAUCACAAAGAAUAAACCAUCGUUUGAGUUUAACGCCGUCCUGGCAGCCUUUACGGUAGGGAAGAUCAUUCAUAGACAAAUCGGUGGCUCCACGAUGGGCUGGGUCCGCGGCCUCCUGAAAGGAGAAAAGCAGCCAUUACUUCUUGUGCCUCCGAAAUGGUUUGUCGAUGUGGAAGAUGUGGCCCGCUUAUUCGCUAUUGCCGCCUGCGACUCUACCGUACGAGGACAGCGAUUGUUCGCCUUUGCGGAGUCCCACAAUUGGACAGACAUUAUUCAAAUAUUGCGCGCCUGUCAACCCAGCCAUCCGCUGAUCCUAGAACCGCCAGCAGAAGAAGGCAGGGACUUGGCGAAGAUCCUUCCGCGAGGACGAGCAUUGGAGCUGUUGAGGAAAUGGUACGGGCAGCGACAUUGGACGCCGAUCGCACUCAGCAUCAAGAGAGGGCUGGAGAGCCAGUGA